AUGACACAGCCAAAUAUCGUACGCCUACAUACGACGCCGAGAUUCAUUCCGACCAUCGUCAUACUGGUCGUACAAUCACUGUUAAUCUUUGGAGUUUGUAAGUUUAAAUUUCAAGAGAUAAACAAACAUUUUAAAAUUUUCUUCAUAACAACAAAAAUAUACUAUGGUAAUACUCUUAUAUAUCGGUUUACCAUAACCAUUUAUUUACUGUAAAUAUAAGUUAAAGAUUUUUGAGGCUUGGGUAACAUAUUCGAAUUUCAGUUUCCUGUGGCUACUACCUCAUCCUGCCCAAGCUGUUGCCCAAAAAGACCGGAUACAUCUGCGACGACCCCUCCCUAAAGUAUACCUACAAAGACAACACCAUCGACAUAGCCGUAGUCCACAGUUUUAGUCUAGUCAUCGUAGCCAUGGCCUUCCUAAUCGAAUGCGAACCUCAUCAGUGCUUCAAAACCCGUAAGAUCACGACCACGGAUUCAGAAAUCGGCCUCAACAAUCGUAUCUUCCGCUUCUUGCACAUCGUACUCGGACUGGCAUUUGGUGCUGUAGCCAACUACAUACUGUACCAGAUAGUGAAGUUCGCUUUCACUCGUCAUCGUCCUCAUUUCUUCGAUGUUUGCCGCCCUGAUGCCGAACAAUGUCGUCCAGGGGACUACGUGGAGAGAUACGAAUGCCGAGGUACCAACAUGAAGACCAUCAAAGACGCCCAUCUCAGCUUCUACAGUGGGCACGCUUCCACCGCCUUCUACUACGCUACAUUUGCGGCCAUAUACCUACAUCUGAGACUGGUCAAGAAGAACUUGAACUGUCUGCCGUGGUUGUUCAUGUUCAGUUGUCUGUGGUACGCUGGAGCCAUGUAUGUAGCUGGAAGUCGAGUUCAAGACAACAAACAUCAUUUUGUGGAUGUUGUAGUAGGGUCUGUGGUGGGACUAGCGUUGGGGCUCGGCAUGGUAAGUUAAGCUUUGUGUUUGGAAAUAGUUAUAUUUAAUGUUUCAAAAGUUUAAACGUCUUCACGUUAAUCUAUCAUCCUUAACAGCUAUUCAAAGUCUUAUCUUCAGGUACUAGUAUACGUACGACAAUCAGUACUUCGUUUCUCAAAACCAGAAAGGAACUAUAUUGCCACUGAAAGCGAUCUCACCCCACCAUAA